AACAGGCCCUUUUGGUACACAUGCUGGAGCCCAUAGAGGAGCUUCCAGAGAAUGAAAAAGAAAUAGAAAAGCAAGUGCCCCAAACAGGAAAGAAUAAAUCUUACAUGAUAAAUAUCUUGAAGAGCGAUCCAUCUUUAACAAAAGAGCUGAGAACUGUUUUGGAGCAGACCCUAGCAGAAAAGUUGGAAUCCUUGGGAAUUAAAUCCGGAGUGCGUGGCAUCCCAAGUGAUCAUUUGAACAGAGUCUUAGUAUCUGUUGAGACUGCUAGAGAAGAGAGAAAGAAACAACUGCCUGACAUUCAACACAUUCGAGAGCAUCUUGAAAGACAAGUCAGUUUCAGAGUUGCUGAAAGAUCAUCUUGCAGCAGAUUUCUUUCCAACCCUCAUCUUUCUUCAGAAG